GUACAUAAAAGCACCAAUGCUUUAUAGCAUAGUAAAAGUGCUCAUUAGCUAUAGAAAGAUUAAAUCUCAAUUGUAUUAGAAGAAACGGUAAAUGUUAGAUGGGAACGGGGGACAGUGUGUGAUAGAUUCCAUGUUAUGGAAGCAUGCAAUAAAAACAAAGUGGAAUUAUUGAGGCAGGUGGUUGUUGCCGAGAUGGCUCUUGUAGUGGCAGAAGAGUAGUUUUGUGUGAAAACCAGUGCCUUUCUCAUCGGAAGAACCCCAUAAAUAAAAGCCCUUCCACACCAAAUCUCUUCACUGCCACUCAACCACGGAGCUCUUUCCCUCUCUCUCUCUCCCACAAUCUCCUCGUCAGCCAGUUAAUUUCCAGAUCGAUCGCCAGCCAGCUCCGAUGAGAUCAUCAGCCAGCUGCCGGCGGCGACUCCCCCUUCUUUUGGCGCUACUAAUCUGCACCGCCGCCUCCCACCACCUCGCGUCGUCCCAGAUCCUCGACGGUCUGCUUCCCAAUGGGGACUUCGAGCACGGCCCCAAGAGCUCACAAAUGAAAGGAACGGUGGUAAAAACCAAAAACGCCAUCCCAAACUGGGAAACCUCCGGGUUGGUGGAAUACAUCAAGUCCGGGCAGCGGCAAGGCGACAUGCUUCUCGUGGUCCCCAACGGCGCAUUCGCCGUCAGGCUGGGAACCGACGCCUCCAUCAAGACGGCGUCGUUGAAGGUGAGGAAGAACAAGUUCUACGCCCUCACCUUCAACGUCGCCCGCACCUGCGCUCAGGAGGAGAAGCUCAACGUCUCCGUCUCCCCCCACGGCGGCUCCGGUAUCCUCCCCAUGCAGACCAUGUACAGCAGCAACGGCUGGGACUCCUUCGCUUGGGGCUUCAAAGCUCAGGCCGACCAAGUCGUCGUCUCCUUCCACAACCCUGCCGUCGACAAGGAGGAUCCGGCCUGCGGUCCCCUCCUCGAUACCGUCGCCUUGAAGCUCCUCUCCCACGCCACACGCCCCAAAGGGAAUAUGUUGAAGAAUGGUGAUUUCGAGGAAGGACCAUACUUCAUCCCAAACAUAUCUACGGGCGUCCUGAUCCCAUCCCACAUGCAAGACGACCACUCCCCUUUGGUGGGCUGGAUCAUCGAGUCCUUGAAGGCCGUCAAGUACGUGGACUCGGCCCACUUCAAGGUCCCGAAGGGCAAGCGGGCCGUGGAGCUCGUGGCGGGCCGCGAGAGCGCCGUGUCCCAGGUGGUCCGUACCUCCCCGGGGAAGACGUACGUCCUGAGGUUCGCCGUCGGCGACGCAGGGGACCAGUGCGUCGGGUCUCUUGCGGUGGAGGCCUACGCCGGCAACAACAGGGUUCAGGUGACGUACCAGUCGCAGGGGAAAGGCGGGUUCAAGUCCGGCGUGCUUCAGUUCAAGGCGGUGAAAGAUCGGACGAGGAUUACUUUCAUGAGCUCGUAUUACACGAUGAAGAAUGAUCACACUGGGGCGCUCUGUGGGCCGUUGUUGGACGAUGUGAUGUUGGUCAGCGCUCGUUACCCGAGGAAGUUCAUGUGAUUGAGAGAGGUGUAAUUAAUUAAUUAAUGAUGAUGGUUUGGUUAAUUAUGUUGUUGUACACUUUUGUCUGGAGGGUGGUUUAUCUGUAUACCUCAGGUUAAUUAAUGGAUUGCUUCGUUUGGUUUUGCUCCGGUUUAGGUUGAUGAGUGCCUCUAGUAUGGGCGCUCAUCAUGAUGAUGAGGGCAUUUUGGUGUUUGUUCAAAGUAAAAAGCUCUCCUUUACAAAGUUACUUACAACCUCUAUUUUACUUAAGUCAAUAAUAUAUAAGCCCUUUUGAUCGUUUCACCUCGUCUCGAAGUGCUGGAACUCCAUCAAUUCUACCUCCUACACCACUUGGUCCUUCUCUCUCGCGUCCCUAGCUGUCCUCUUCCUAGAAUGCUCCCGCAAAUUAACUUGGUGAAACAAAGAUGUAAAGUUAGUAACUACUAAUGCAAUUAAAAUAAUUUACUGUCAAACGUGAAACAAAAUUGUGAACGCGGUGACAAACAUGCUAUUUAGUAUUUGAUCAUAACCAUAAUAAAGAGUUCUUUAAAGUCGUCAAAUGAAGAGGGGGAACAGGUGUAUAAUCUAUUUAAUCAUAACCAUAUAUAAUUUUGUUUAUCAAAGAUGAUAGAAUGUGUCCUUUUAUCAAAAUGAUAAGAAUUGUAUCACCAAAAAUUAUGCAUAUUAGGAUUAUGCACCUUAUCUUGUGUUUGGCAUGCAAUCCUUACGGCCCAUUAUCAUCUAUCUAAUCAAAGCAAGCAAACAAAACACAACUAUGAACCAAAACAUCCUUGCCUGAAACAACCUUGCUAUAACCGAGAGCGGAUCCCAUGACUAGGGGGUCCUUAGUCACUUGACUAAGCCCCUCCUAGCCAUUAGAUCUGGACACUUCAACCCAAUGGUUAAAAAGUGGGAAGGGCUAUUUAAUUAAUGACAGGGGUAGUUUGGGUAUUAUGGAAAAUUAUGAAGUAUACAAACCGUAUUUACAAUCAGUACAAACCAUACAAACAUACGAACAAUACAAACUAGAGCGACAAAACAUACAAACAGAUUUACAAACAUUACAAACGUAUGAACUGUACAAACAAUACAAACUAGACUGACAAACAAUACAAACCAUACAAAAAGAAAAAACAACCGAGUUGACUUUGGAGGCUCCAUCCUUAUAUAGAGGGGCUCCUUCCCAAAGUCAACCCGGGUGUUUUUUAGACAUACAAACAGUACGAACAUGGUGGACAAAAAUGACAAACUAGACCGACAAUCCAUACGAACGGGAAAAAACACCCAGGUUGACUUUGGAGGCUCCAUCCCUAUAUAGAGGGGCUCCUUCCCAAAGUCAACCCGGGUGUUUUUUAGACAUACAAACAGUACGAACAUGGUGGACAAUAAUGACAAACUAGACCGACAAUCCAUACGAACGGGAAAAAACACCCGGGUUGACUUUGGAGGCUCCAUCCCUAUAUAGAGGAGUUCUAUCCAAAAGUCAACAAGGUUGUUUUUAGACAUAAAAACCAUUACAAACAUGGUUGACAAAAAUGAUAAACAUGGUGCACAAAAAUAACAAAGUUUACGAACAUUACAAAAAAAGGACAAACAUUACAAAAUAACAAAGCGUAAAAACAUUA